CACUCGCGAUAUCUGGAUUCUUUCUAAAGCUAUAAACAACUUCAUUUACAUCUCUCCUAAAAAAACCCAAAACCAAAACAACUACUACUGCAUAUCAGGCAAAAAAAAAAAAAAAACUCAUAAAAUCGAAAGAGAAGGAAUACGAGCUGUGCUUGGGACUGAUUCGUAUCGCACAAGGGUUUGUUUUUUCUCGCAUGUCGUCUGAGACGAUACAGAGAUUCUGAAAGUCGCGACUUAAUUAUAUAUAUAAGACUGAUUGUUAUUGAGAUUGGAAGAACACCCUUUUGCUUUGCCGUAUUUGUUCUUGUUGAUUGAGAGGUGGUUGCUGUGAAACAUUACUCUGAAAAUUUCAUUUUAAGACUUAUUGCAAGAAAAUGGGUGUUUUUGAUCAAGGUUUUAAUAUGAAAUCUCUUCCCUUCAAUUCUCCCAGGAAGAGAAAGACGCGGAGUAGACGUGAAGGUACUUCCGUAGCGGAUACUCUAGCAAAGUGGAAGGAGUACAACAAUAGUAUUGAAUCUACAAAUGAUAAUGGUAAGCCAACUCGCAGAGUCCCGGCUAAGGGUUCGAAGAAAGGAUGUAUGAAAGGUAAGGGGGGUCCUGAUAAUUCAAGAUGUAACUACAGAGGUGUUAGGCAGAGGACUUGGGGCAAGUGGGUUGCUGAAAUUCGGGAGCCCAAUAGGGGAAGAAGGCUCUGGUUAGGUACUUUUCCCACUGCAUUAGAAGCUGCUCUUGCCUAUGAUGAAGCUGCCAGGGCAAUGUAUGGCCCCUGUGCUCGCCUUAAUCUUCCCAACAUAACGGACUACAGGUCAUUCGAGUUGUCUUCGAAAGAUUCUUCUUCAUUGGCUACUCCAUCAGGUUCUUCUUCAGUGACCACUCCUGCAGGCUCAGACUCUACUACAACAUCCAAUUCGAUCCUGUCAGAGGUCUGUGCGGAUGAGGAAUCUAAGGUUAAGGGUAUUGCUUCGGGUGGGAAGAAUGAAGUUAUUGAAGGUGAGUCGAAAAUAUAUCCUCGGCCUCUUCCUGUGGCAGAAGUUGCUACCCCUUUAAGCUCGGUGAAGUCAGAAGUGAAGGCAGAAGAAGCAAGUCCACAACCACAAUACGUUAAAGAAGAGACCAAAGAGGAGCCAAUGGAAGAGGAGUAUCAAACUUGGGACAAGUUAGGUGACACGGGGGAGAAUUUCCUGCAGAGCUUCUCAAUGGAUGAGAUGUUUGACGUUGAAGAACUAUUGGGAAUUAUGGACACUAAUGCAGGCUCGAUGGAAGAUGUGUGCUAUAAUGCUAGUCAAUGGGAUGAUGAAGAAUUUCAGAGCGACAAACCAUCUAAUUUAUCUUAUCAGUUGGCGAACCCCGAUGCCAAGUUACUCGGUAGUUUGUGUCAUAUGGAGCAUGCAUCAUCAGGGCUCGAUUACAGCUUUGAUUUCUUGAAGCCCGGAAGGCUAGAGGAUAAUAAUAUUUGCAUAGAUGAUCAGGCCUAUACCUGGGAUUAUCCAAUUACGAGUUUUGAGAUGGAGGGAAAAUCUGGUUGCAGGAACAAUGGUGCAGACUGAAGAAGAUGGACUCUGCCUUGGUGUUCACACUGGGCAAGAACAAUGAGGAUUCUGGAGUGUGAUUCAUUCGUUUUCUUGCUGCAUAUCGGAUCCGACAGGCUCUUUGAUACAGGCAGCUUGAUCGUUUGGCCAUGCAGACUUUGUAGUUUGCUAUACGGACAAGGAAAAAUAUACAUAAAUACAAUAUUUUUGUUUUCCUAUUUUCCUGGGACUGACAUGUUCGUUACCCUUCUGGACUGACCCAUGGCUUAAUUCUCUAUAGCUUUUAGAUUGGGGGAUUUAGCUUAUAAUACACAAUGUUCCCUUAAUUUGUUUUUCAUCUUCCUUUUUGUGUCCAUUUCCUGGCCGCUCCCGGGAGAUGGAUAGAGGGUCACAUAUACCUUUCUCUGUCUUUGCUUAUAUGACUAAAAUUUCUUUAUCAGUGUUUAUGUUAACUGAUAUUCUUUCUUGUAGAUAUGAGAUGUAAACCAUAUUAUAGUGACCUGUGUAUAGAAAAACAAAUCUUGAAACGCUUAUUCAAAAUAUACUGAAGGUUUCAAAUAAAAAUCUAUAAUAUUUAUACGAAUA